UGGUGUACGAGCACCGGGCCCGCCUGGAGCGCUCCCUGCAGAAGGAGAGGGGAGAGCACAAAAAAACCAAGGAAGAUUUUUUAGUGUACAAGUUGGAAGCUCAGGAAGCUCUCAACAAGGAGAAGCUCCUUUCCAUCAAUCCCUGCUUUAUUCUGUAACUCAGCCCAGCUCAGCACCCCCUGCCCCGUUUUCCUCCCCAGAACCAGCACGACGACGUCAAGAAGCAGCUGCUGGAGCUGCAGCUGCAGCACAACAGCCUCAGGCUGGAGCACAGGAGGAGCCUGGAGAGCCACGGCCAAAAACUGGCCCAGCUGCAGCAGCAGAGGGACAGCGAGGUCACCAACCUGCAGGACACGGUGCAGAAACUCAGAGAAGAGAGCAAACUGCUCAGGAAAGCUCACCUGGAGGUGCACUCGCAGCUCCUCAGUGCCCAGGCGCAGAUGGAGGAGUUCAGGCAGCUCAAGGAAGCUCUGCAGAAGAUGCCGGGCCUGAGAGGAGGAGGAGGAGGAGGAGGAAGGAAGGGGCAGCAGCCCCUGGUGCCAGCCAGCACCCACCUGCAGCCGGGGAGGCCCCAGGGUGUGGAGAUGCAGAUGCACAUCCAGGUGAGGAGCCACGAGCAGAGCCCGGCCCCUGGGCUGGCCCUGCCUGAGCCAGGACCAAAAUCUGCAGCAGAAAAUGCGCCAGGGCCGGGCAGGGAGCUGCCAGCACACAGGUGGGUGCCACCAAAUCCCUCAAAACGGGGAUUUCCAAUGGGUUUGGGGACGCAGAAUUCUUCUACUUUGUGUUUGGGUAUGUAUUUACAUGUGAAUUUUGAGAAUAUAAUACAGUAUAAUAAAAUAAUAAAUGAGCCUUUGGAGCACGUGGGGUCAAUGCUGAUCGUUCCUCCCUGCCAACCCCACCCACCCCUGUCUGUCUGCAGCUGGCAGGUCCCUGUGAGCCCGGGGGAUGCCCGGGGGAUGCCCAGGAGGAGGAUCAUGGAGGGGAGGUGGAUGACAACGACGACCUGGAGCUUGUCCAAGAGCAGAAGGAGCCUGUGGGGAGGCAGGGAGGUGCUGGCAAGAAGGAGGAUUACUUCUGAGAGCUGCUGGAAAUGCAGGAUGCUGCAGGAAUGAGGGGAUGGCAGCGAAACACUGCCCACAGCAACGCAGGAGGACAGAGAUCCCCCAAACAAAGAGGGGUUUGCAGAUGAAAAGAUGAAAAUCCCAUCUCAGUGUGGGGCCAGUGCUGCCUCAGAGAUCUCAGACUGGGGGUGAUCUUACCCUGCUGCUUUUCUUAGGAGCACUUUUUGAUUUACUGUGUUCUUCGCCCUCCUGUUUUUCACAUCCCCUUUCUGAGCUGGAGAGGGUUUUUGGGGCUGGUUUUGGGGGUGUUUUUUACCCCCCCUGGGCAGCAGAGGGGUCCCUGGACUCACUCAAAUACAAAGGAAUCUGUCUUCAUAAAUGAUUUUGUGUUUCUUUAACACAUCCCGUGAGCAGGGUGGGGAGGGAACCAGAGGAAAUUUCCUGUUCUUUGCCCUGGAGCUCUGCAAGAGAGCACCAACCACAGCCAGAAAAAUGUGUGUGUGUGGAUGUGGACACUUUCCUGCUGCAGGAACCCUCCAGAAACUGGGAGUGAAUCCUUGCAGAGCCCUCCUUGCCCUUCCUUUGAGCUGUGUGACAUUCCUGCUGAGUGUCCCUUGGAAUCCUGUGCCUCCCCCCUGCUGGAGGUGAGAGCUGCCCUGAGCUCUUCCCCAUGGGGACAGUGACAGCCAUGCCAAGAAACAGGAAAAAAAAAA